AUUAGGAACUCGUGAAAACAAAAGCCCUAAAUCUAUCUGAGGGCUGCAUUCCCGCGUAAAAUCCUUAAAUCGCCGGAGCUCCGACGGCGAAGCGCCGGAAAUCCCAGUUGGUAGAAGCACAUUGACAUGGGGACGUCAGUGCAGGUGAAGCCGCUGUGUGGAGUGUACAACGAGAAUCCGCUGUCGUAUCUAGUCUCAAUCGACGGCUUCAAUUUCCUCGUCGACUGCGGCUGGAACGACCAAUUCGACACCUCUCUUCUCGAGCCCCUUUCCAGGGUCGCUUCAUCUGUGGAUGCUGUGUUACUAUCACACCCUGACACACUUCAUCUUGGUGCUUUACCAUAUGCAAUGAAGCAAUUUGGAAUUUCUGCACCAGUUUUUGCAACUGAACCUGUCUACAGAUUGGGCCUCCUGACCAUGUACGAUCACUAUUUGUCUCGAAAGCAAGUAUCCGAGUUUGAUUUGUUCACCCUUGAUGAUAUUGAUUCUGCAUUCCAAAACAUCAUCAGAUUGACAUACUCCCAGAACUAUUAUAUGUCUGGAAAAGGAGAAGGCAUUGUUAUUGCACCCCUUGCAGCUGGUCACCUUUUAGGGGGCACAUUUUGGAAGAUCACGAAAGAUGGAGAGGAUGUUAUAUAUGCUGUCGACUUCAAUCAUCGUAAAGAAAAGCUUUUGAAUGGAACCGUUUUAGAGUCUUUUGUGCGCCCUGCUGUUUUGAUAACAGAUGCAUAUAAUGCUCUGUUGAGUAAUCAGCCCCCAAGACGUCAAAAAGACCAGCAAUUGUUAGAUGCCAUACUGAAGACAUUGAGAGCAGAUGGUAAUAUAUUAGUACCUGUCGAUACUGCCGGUAGAGUGCUUGAGCUGCUUUUGAUACUGGAGCAGUACUGGGAGCACCAUCACUUAACUUACCCCAUCUUCUUCCUGACAUAUGUUUCGUCGAGCACAGUUGAUUAUGCAAAGAGUUUUCUUGAGUGGAUGAGUGAUAAAAUAGCCAAGUCCUUUGAAGACUCACGAGAUAAUGCAUUUCUUUUGAAGCAUGUAACACUUCUAAUCAGCAAGAGCGAGCUCGAAAAAGUUCCUGAUGGCCCAAAGAUAGUCUUAGCAUCCAUGGCAAGUUUAGAAGUUGGAUUUUCUCAUGAUAUUUUUGUUGAUUGGGCUGCUGACUCAAAGAACCUUGUACUUUUUACCGAGAGAGGCCAGUUUGGCACACUUGCAAGAGUGCUUCAGUCAGAUCCUCCUCCAAAAGCUGUUAAAGUUACUAUGUCAAAGAGAAUCCCCUUGGUUGGAGAGGAGCUUGCUGCCUAUGAAGAAGAGCAAAACCGAAAAAGAAAAGAAGAAGCUCUUAAAGCUACUCUCAUCAAGGAAGAGGAAUCAAGAGCUACUCUUGGAUCAGAACAAGCUGUGGGUGACCCGAUGAUUAUUGAUGCUAAAAUCAAACAACCCUCUUCAAAUGGCGCUGCUUUACAACAUGGAGCAUUCAAAGAUGUAUUUAUAGACGGAUUUGUUUCACCCCCAUCUAGUGCUGGCCCCAUGUUCCCCUUCUAUGAGAACACAUUCGAAUGGGAUGAUUUUGGUGAGGUUAUUAAUCCAGAUGAUUAUAUGCGCAACGAUGAAGACGUGGACCAGGCAUCUAUGCAGGUUGGAGAAUUCAAUGGGAAGCUUGAUGAAGCAUCUGCCAGUCUGUUUCUGGAUGCAACACCAUCAAAAGUAGUAUCUUCUGAGCAAACUGUUUAUGUCAAGUGCUCAUUGGUCUACAUGGACUUUGAAGGCCGUUCAGAUGGCGGUUCAAUAAAAAAGAUUCUUAGCCAUGUAUCUCCAUUGAAGCUUGUCCUGGUGCAUGGGUCUGCCGAAGCCACUGAGCAUUUGAAGGAACAUUGUUUGAAAAAUGUGUGUCCACAUGUAUUUGCUCCUCAAAUUGAAGAAUCUAUUGAUGUCACUUCAGAUUUGUGUGCUUAUAAAGUUCAACUUUCUGAGAAAUUGAUGAGCAAUGUCCUGUUUAAGAAGCUUGGAGAUUUCGAAGUAGCAUGGGUUGAUGCUGAAGUAGGGAAGGCAGAAAAUGGCACAUUGUCUUUGCUUCCUCUUUCAGCCCCUCCACCACCGCAUAAGACGGUCUUGGUAGGGGACAUCAAGAUGGCAGAUUUCAAGCAAUUUCUUGCUAGCCAAGGGAUUCAGGUGGAAUUUGCUGGUGGAGCAUUGCGUUGUGGUGAGCAUGUGACCCUUCGAAAAGUAGGAGACUCGAGCCAAAAGGGUGGCGGUAAUAUCCAGCACAUCAUACUUGAAGGUCCGUUGUCGGAGGAGUAUUAUAAAAUUCGCGAUCAUCUGUAUUCACAAUUUUAUGCCCUUUAGAUCAUAAUUCAUCGUAUCACUAUGUAGGAAAUGCAACACAUCCUUGUAAACUUUCUGUAGCAUUAGGCAUGCCUCUGUUGCAGUGGAGUAACUUUUUUCAA